AUGCCUCUGUUUCGGCAGCCCGAGGUGAGACAGGAGAGGGAGAGCGAGGUGGAGAGAGAGAGGAUAAAGAGAAAGUGUCACCAGCGUGACUGUGACGAGGAAGAAGAGGAUGAGCCUUCGUCACUCAGGCGUCUGUGUCUCUUCAGCCUGGCGGCGAACAUGAAGGACGUGUGGACGCAGGACUACGCUCACAACUACAUGGAUCACUAUUUCUUCCGCUACGUCAUGGGGCCCUUCAGCCUGCUGCCGGGAGAUCUGAUCGAGGAGCUGCUGCGUGUCCUGUCUCAGAGGAAGCUCCUGUCUCGUGCGUCUCUGCAUCUUCUCCUGCUGCCGCAGCUACACACACUCUCCCUGUCACACUUCUGUAACCUCGUCACAGCCAACCUGUGCAGCCUGAUCUCUGUGCGCUGUCAGUCUCUAAAGUCCUUAGACCUGAGCGGAGCACAGAAUGUCUCCUCCGCCGCUCUGUGCUCUCUCCUGACUGACCUGUCCUGCCUUCACUCACUCUCUUUGGCCGGGUCUCUGUGUGACCGCGCCGUGAUCGCGAUGGUGGCCCGGCGGUGCUCGCAGCUCCAGCACCUGAAUGUUUCCCGGUGUCUUCACCUGUCCCCAGGUGCCUUGCUGCCCCUCGCACUGCAAGGUCCUAAACGUCUCACCAGCCUUGUGGCUCUGGAUAUAGGAUUAGGAGAACGCGAGGAGGACGGACCGUCUUCAGCUGCUGUCCUGCUGCUCAGUGUGUCCGGGCUGCAUCGUCUGGCGUUUGAGGGUCUCGGACACGCUUGUGUGAUCAUCCAGAAUCAGGAUUUUGAUCAGACUCGCGGAUUUACCACGAGCGAAGGUGUGCCUUGUCUCAGGGAAUUAUGGGAUGCAAGAUUUCAGAGCAAUGAUCAAAGCAAGUGUGAUGAUGAAGAGAACAGACUCACACUGGAGGAGAAAAUGGACAAAUCCUUGAGUUUGAAGGAAGGCAGAAGGAUGGACAAACCAAAGUUGCAGCUCCGAGAGGUACAGGGACUGACCCUCCACAGUCUGGAUGCCGUCAGCAGUUUGUGUCCUGAUCUUCACUCCAUAUCUCUAAACUGCCAUGAUGAUGAUGAUGAUGAUGAUGAUGAUGAAGUUUCCUCCCGGAGCAUCCGUUUGACCCGAGGUUUGGCUCGUUGGUCGAGUCAGCUGCGCUCUCUUUCAAUGCAGUUCUCCGGCCCACUUUCUGAACUGGUUCCUCCUCUGCAGGUUUGCGGUUCUUGUCUCCUGUCCCUCACUCUAGAGGGCGUCCAAACUGACGGGAACCUGCCUUUUAUUUCCCUUCUGCGUUCCUGCCCUAAACUCACCGCUCUCACCCUUUACAUCGAUCCUCCACGUUCCAACCGGGAACAGGAUGAUGAUGACGAUGAUGAAGAUUUUGAAGGCUGGGAUUUACCGCAUCUUCCUCACCUCCGCACUUUAACACUAAUUUUCUCAUUAGACGAGGGACGCAUAAAACCUGUUCUGUGCUGGACGUCCCUCAAGGUGGCGCUGUGGGCCCUACUAAGGGGCUCCGUCCAGCUCCGCACUCUAUCUCUGAUCGCCGCACCGUGUCGCCUGGACCCAGUGUUCAGACUGGUCCUGGACCGUCACGCCGAACCCUUGCGCCAACUCAGACACGUCAGCCUGCAGCGCUCUGACGUCACCAUGGAGACGACAACGCGGCUCGUGGACUCCUGUCGCUGCUUGAGCGCUCUGGAUGUCAGCGGGUGCUGGUCUUUGAGUCGAAGUGACAUCACGAAGUUACAGAGCCGAGCCAGGAGAAGGCGCCGUAAAGUCCAUAUCACAUGGACCUAAGGCUUAAAGGAAGUGCACUAGGAAUAUAUAAUAU